ACCGGAAACACUUGCUGUUCUCCGAGGCACGUUUUCCUUCUGUGCAGCAUGUACAACUAAACGUCAGUGUGAGAGCUAACGUUUGUAGAUAUGGUGGAGCUUUCUGUUAAAGCUUCAGCGCCUGUCCGGCCCGCCGGAGUCCUGCAACAGAACCGAGUCUUCUUAGACUUCUUCUGGGACUUGGCCAAACCGGACCAGGAGGUUCGAUUAUCUGCAGUAGAGAACUUGAUUCAGUACUUGAAGACCAACAACAAGGAAGAUGAACUGGAAUACACAUUUAAGCGGCUCGUGGAUGGACUGGCGCACACACGAGAGGCUGCAAGACCUGGCUUCAGUCUGGCCCUCGGUCAAGUUUUGAAUGCAUUUGAAGAUGUGUCUCUGCAGAGCAUCCUGGACAGAAUCAAUGAGAAACACAACUUACAGGCAGUCAAGAAGAAACUUUUCAGAAAUGCUUUGUUUGGAAACCUGUUUGGUGUCCUUGCUCUUCAUCAGUCUGGCCGCCUGUCCAAAGAGCCGCAAGUGGUGCUGGGAUGUGUGCAGCUCCUCCAGAGCCUUAGCCAACACAGACAACACCUGAAAGAUCUGCCCACAAAGACCAUGAAGGACAUCCUCACUGAGAUCCCAGAGGAGGUUUUUGAGGAAGUCCUUCUGAGCACCUUGAGAACAGAGCUGGCCUCAGCCUUCAGCACCCCGGAGCAGAUGCAGCUGCUGCUGGUGGCACUGCAGCGUUUUCCAGAAACCCUCAAACCCAAGAAACUCAAGAAGCUGCUGGGCUCAUCCACCAUCAUUAACUGUGAGAACAUCCCAAGGCUGACAGAGGUGUUAAAGGCUGCAGCCCGCUCAGUGAAGAAGGAAUGCGUUCUCCCUUCAAUGGCUCUGGAUCUCUUGAAGCUCUCCCUGAAGGAGGACAGCUUCGAGCUCUUCUGGGACAAAGCCAUCGUUGAAGGCAUGUUGAGUGAGCAGGGACCGACCCGUUACUUGAGCUUCCGUCUGCUGGGCAGCGCUCUGCCUCUGCUGUCUCUGGACCAGCUGAAGGAUGUGUUGUCUGGAGAAGUGAUGAUGCUCUACGGAGAACAUGUGGUGACUGCACAACUUCCAGAAAGAUUCAAGUUGGCUCCGGAGAUGGAAACCUACGUGUCCAACUUCCUGCAGAGCUGUGAGGAUUCGGACAAACAGCUGGCAGUGAUGGUGGCCUUCUCGUCACUGACCAACCAGGGUUACCCUGUGGUGCCGUCCGUGUGGAGGGUGGUGCAGUUCCUGCAGCCUGCAGCUCUGCAGAAGUAUGUGGAGUGGCUAAAGAGCAUGUUCAUUGAACCUCAGCUGGGGCAGCUGCUGAACUUCAGCACCCGCAAGCAGAAAGAAAACCAGGAAAGACAGGACCAAGAUGAAAAUUUAAUCUUCCGGUUGCGGAAGUGGAUUGUUGCACGUCUGGUCUCGAUCAUUGACAACAACCAGGUAAAGAAGCAGGAGGAUCUCAUCAUGGACGUAGCGAGGUUUGUCUUUUUCCAUGCUUUCUUUACAACCAAGAAGCCUUCAGAUGAAAUCCAGGAGACGACAGUGAAACUCUCUGCUCCUAUUGAUGAAGACACCAGACCUGUGCUGGUCAGCUCUUUCUUUGGUCUUCUCCUGUCCCUUCACCACCUCCCCCCAGCUGAGGACUCAGCAGAAGGGGCCGCUGUCAACCAGAAGCGGGGUUUGGGCGUGACGUCUGACGGCACCAUGUGGAUCUACCACCUGGUUCAGUUCGCUCAAGUCCUGCUUCACCAGCCCAAAUAUGUCCAGAGCUGCCAGCCGUUCAGUGCUGAGCAGAAACAGGCCUGGGACAGCAUGUUGGAGUCUGUGACAACCCUGAAGAAGAAAGCAAAGAAAGUCCAAACGGCAGAGAGCAGUGCCUUCCAGCAGCUCUUCCUGUUGGUUGGUAUGAACCUCUUCAAGGCCCCUGACGAGCUGCUGGACAUCAUGAAAGAUCUUCAGAGCUGUGUGGACAAGGCCCAGGAGAAGAAAUCCAAGAAGAAGAAAAAGAAGAAACAAGAGCAGGAGGAGGAGGAACCCGAGUGGGUGGAGGUGAUGGUUGACAUCUUGCUUUCCCUGCUGUCUCAGCCCAGUCGACUCAUCAGACAGGUCUGCAAAACCGUCUUCUCUUCCAUCUGUCCUCAUGUGACUGCGACCGCCCUCAACGCCAUCAUAGACGUUUUGGACUCGGAGAAUGAUGAUGAAGACGCUGCUGUGGUUGUCACCGAUGACGGCACGAAAAAGAAGAAACGGAAGGAAGGAGAUGACGACGAUGGGGAGGAGGAGGAGGAGGAAAUGGAAGAAGAGGCGUCAGACGGAGCAGAUGAUUCUGACAGUGAUGAUGACGAUGAAGCUAUGGAAGAAGAAGGGGAGGAGGAGGAGGACAUGGAAGGAGAGGUGGUGGACCAUAAUUUCCGUCUGGAGUUGAUGAAGGUUUUACAGCAACAGAAUGCUGCGGCCACACAGGAAGACGACAGCAGUGAUGAUGAUAUAGACGAUGACGCCAUGAUGGAGCUGGACAAGAGCCUGGCAGCUUUGUUCUCUGAGCAGAAGAAAAAGAUCCAGGCCAAGAAAGAUGAGAAGGCAAAAAUAAAGAAAGAGAAGACGCUGGUCCGAGACUUCAAGAUCAAGGUGUUGGACCUCAUCGAAGUGUUUGUGGCGCGGCAGGCAGGCAGCCCUCUAGUGUUGGGCUUAGUGGAGCCACUGCUGGCACUUAUCGACAGAGGAAUGAGCGCCGACAACAACCAGCAGGAGCAGGACUUCCUGCGCAGAGCUGCAGACAUCUUCAGGAACCAGCUGUGUAGAUCCAAGGUUUACUGCAGGACUGUUGGUGACCGACAGGGGGAGCUCCAUGACCUGCUGGACAAACUGAUGACGAAAGCCAAGAAACUGUCUGACUCUACAGUCUGCCUCUAUUACUUCAGUGCGUGCCUAUAUUUGGUCAAAGUCCUGCGAGGAGUUCCACCCACCGCUGAGACAGAAGAGAAGAAGACAGCAGAGAAAUCGACAGACACAGAACUGAGGUUCAUGGGAAACGUGGACAUGGAUCGUGUCACCGUCAUCUUCAGAGACGCUGUGACCUCAUACAUGAGUAGGAGGAGGAGUCCUCUGACCACGCAGAUGUUCACGGACCUGUUAAACAGAUUUCCUCUCUUGUAUGCAAAUCUGGUGGACACAGUGGUGCCGUUUAUCACGUCUGGAGUCAGAGAACACCAGCAGGGCCAGGCCUGUGUGUUAGUGCUGCGAGCCAUGCAGAGCAGAGAGGUUCAGAAGCUUCUUAGCGGCGAACCGUGGACAGAGCUGUGUGACAAGAUUGCUGGUCAGCUGACGAUGAGUCUUCAGCAGGCCGAGCAAACUGACAACAAGGUGGUGAGGGAGAAGCUGCUGAAGGUCCUGGAGCUCUGUCAGUUCUUCGUCAAGCAUGUUCACCAGCAGAAGCUGUCUGUGGACCUGGAGCCCCUGCAACAGGUCCUACAAAGCCUGACCAGCACCAUCACGUUUAAGAAGACAGGAAAGCUGGAGGACACCUACUGGGCAGUGAUGAAACAUUUUGGAGUCAUGAAGCCCAAAGUUGAAAAGACAAAGUCUGACAAGGAGGUGGAACAACAGCCAGAGUCGAAGAAGAAGAAAGGCUUUCUGCCGGAAACAAAGAAGCGUAAAAAGCGCCAGAAGCCUGUUUUAGAGCCGGCAGCAGAACAAUCGACGCCCAAAGACAAACUGGAGGUGAAGAAAGGACAAGCAAAAAAGAAACAAGAUCAGAAAUCAAAGCCCAAACGACCUGCCGACGGCGCAGCAGAUACGCAGCCAAACCCAGCCAAGAAGAAGAAAAUACAGUCGGAGAACAGGCAGGAGAAAAAGAAGAAUAAAAAACAGAAGAAAAGAGGAGGGCAAAUGUGAAGUGGACACUUUUAUUCUAAUGGAGACUUUUUUUUCCCCUUCUCAUCUUUACCUGUAAAUGUCUGCCAUAUUUUUCUAAUGUGUGACUGUUGACUAAAAUUCAACAACAAUAAAUCAGUUUCUUUUCCUGGAAAUCUA